AUGGUGGUGAGAAGAGGUUCUGGCUACAUAAAGAAGAGAAAAUUGGGAGAGGGGACAUACGCUACGAUAUAUCUAGCAGAUGAGAUAGAGCUAUAUAAGGAUAGCGAAUUUAAAGUACUAAAAGAUUAUGAAGUGGAUCCUAAGGAAUUAACUAAACCUAAAGAUAGUCCAGAGAAUGAUACAGAAAGCGCAUCACCACUCCUAGGUCAAAAAGAGAGGUAUCGUAAAGCUAUAAGACAGGUAGCAAUCAAAAAAAUAAAAAAAACUAGAUACAGCAUGGGAAUAGAGGUAAGUGCCAUAAGAGAGAUACAAUCUCUAAAGAAAGUGAGGAGUGAUUUUGUGAUACAACUUUUUGAUAUUUUCUGCUAUAAAGGAACUCUACAUUUAGUUUUGGAAUAUUUGGAGAGUAACUUGGAAGAAGUAAUAAAAGAUAAAAGAGUGAUUAUCAUGCCAGGAGAUGUGAAAUCUUGGAUUUUAAUGAUAUUGAAGGGUUUGUACGCUUGUCACAGAAAGUUUUUAAUUCACAGAGACAUAAAACCAAAUAAUAUUUUAAUAAACAGUAAGGGAAUAGUCAAAUUAGCUGAUUUUGGAUUGGCUAGAGAUUUGGGUGUGGGUGAUAUGACCCCUGAGGUAAUAACUAGGUGGUAUAGACCACCGGAAUUACUUUUUGGUUCAAAGUUGUAUUCAUUCUCGGUGGAUAUGUGGUCUUUGGGAUGUGUCUUUGCUGAACUCUUCCUCAGGACCCCUUAUUUCCCGGGUGAGGAUGACUUUAAACAGCUAGACUUAAUUUUCAGGGGAUUAGGAACACCGAAUGAGGUAGUAUGGCCGGGAAUAGCAACCCUUCCCUCAUUCAUCAAAUAUCCUGUAUAUCCCCCACCACCGCUAAAGUCUCUUUUUACAGCUGUCUCAGAUGAUGCACUGGAUCUCCUUUCCAAAAUGUUGGUCUAUGAUCCUUCCAGGAGAAUCACUCCUUUAAAUGCCAUAAAGCACCCUUAUUUCAUAAAUCUACCAAGACCUACACAAAGUGGUAAAUUCUCACUUUGA